AUGUCGGACGAGAUCGUCACUAAUUUGCGCAAGACACGAGGCUAUGUAAAGGCGAAAUUGACGAGAUUGAGGACGCAAGCAACGCAAGCAGAUAGCGAGGUCGGCGAUAAAUUCGAUCAAGAGCAAGCAGAGGCAAGGUUAGAAAAGUUGGAAGAAGUACAUCGAGAGUUCGAGAUCAUUCAGAGGCAAUUACUAGAGCAGCUAGGAGAGUUUACCGCAGACGACUCUGCGGAAGAGGAGAUCUUCGAUGAAAGGUAUUUUGAGGUAAAAACCAUAUUAAAACGGUUCAUAAGGCAGACGCCUACCAUAGGCGCUGAAUCGCAAAGUACAGACGCAAUCGUGCAACUGCUGCAACAGCAAACCGCGCUGAUACAGCAUAUAGAGCGCAGCGCUCGAGGUAACGCUUCGGCGGCCAUGGUACCGCCAGAAGGAAACGAAGCGUUGGCGGCCAUUCUUUCCCGCCAAACUGAGAUUCUUGAUCGCGUAGCUAACGCGACCGGAUCAACUAACCUAGAGACUCGAGUCAAGUUGCCUACGAUUAAGCUUCCACGAUUCGAUGGCAAGAUCGAAGACUGGAAGUGCUUUUCGGAUAGUUUUCGUUCUAUCAUUUAUGAUAAGGCACAUUUAUCGAACAUCGAAAAAUUUCAAUAUUUAACUUCAUCCAUUUCGGGCGACGCCGCGAAAAUUAUCGAGUCAAUUGAGUUAACAGCACAAAAUUAUCCUACGGCAUGGGAGUUAUUGCAACAAAGGUACGACGAUCCGAAGUCGCUCAAAAAGAAACAUAUUCAGUGUCUAUUUUCAAUGCCUACGGUGGUUAAAGAGUCUGCAAAGGCUCUUCGCGAUUUGGUUGACUAUGCUUCCAGGCACCUGCGGAUGCUGAAAGUUUUAGGCUCACCUACAGAUGCAUGGGAUGAUAUUAUUAUGUACAUGUUGGAGGCUAAAUUCGAUGGAAAAACUCUUCGAGCCUGGGAAGAGGAAGUAGAGUCGAACGAGGGAGCAAAGUUAAGUGACAUGCUAGAAUUUUUGAAGAAGAAAUGUCAAACUCUGGAACGUAUUGAAGCUCGAUCGAGUGAUAAAAAUGAAAAAUUCCCCAAAGAAAACGAACAGCGUGGAAAGGGAUCUGCCGUACAGGCAAAAUCACAGUCGUUAUUUAAGAGUACUGCCAGUCAAAAAACCACUUCAUUGACGGCGUCUGUAAAUUUGGGUAAGUGCUACUAUUGCGAUGGAACACAUUUUAUAUACUUUUGUGAGAAAUUUCUAGCCCUGUCUGUGUCUGAGAGGAUCGCGGAGGUCAAACGAUUAAAACUGUGCAUGAAUUGCCUUAAAAACGACCACUACGUAAGAACAUGCAGGAUGGGCACGUGCAGAAAAUGUCCUGGAAAGCACAACACAUUGUGUCAUCUAUCACGAGAUGACAAGGCUACCACGAGCUCAGAAGAUUCGGAAUCUCAAGAUAAGGUUGACAACGCUCAAUCAAUUAGCAGCAUAGCGACUCAUCACAUAUCAAGCAAUGUUAAAAGACGUCAAGUUCUUAUGGCUACAGCGGUAGUUGAGGUGACUCAACGUAACAAUUUGCGUGUUCCGAUUCGAGUACUCCUAGAUAGCGCGAGCGAGGCAAACUUUAUCACUCAAGUAGCGCAUAAUAAGCUGGGUUUAAGGCGAGAACGAAUCUCAGAAAUUGUCACUGGUUUAAACGAAAUUGAGAAUCCCGUUUAUAAUGCUUGCGAGGUUCUUGUCAAGUCAAGAUGUUCCGAUUUCCAGAUUAACGCGCAAUGCUUGAUUGUGCCAAAGAUUACCAAGCAUCUGCCAUCCAUAAGGAUAGAUCGUAGCAAGUUGCAAAUACCGGCCAAUCUUAAAUUGGCUGAUUCAGAAUUUCAUAAGAUCGGUCCUAUAGAUAUGUUGGUUGGAGCGGAAUAUUUCUUCGAUCUAUUAGAGGUAGGGAAAAUUGAGUUAGGUAAGGAUCAAUUAACCUUACAAAAUACAAAAUUCGGAUGGAUAGUAGCGGGCGCAAUGCCAUCUGUAGCGUUACAAGAUACGAUUAUCAAGCAAAAUGCCAUGUGCGUGUUGACUUGUUCAUUACAACCUUGCGAAGCAUUGAGCGAAAAUCUGGAAAGGUUCUGGAAACUUGAAAAUUACAAUAAUGAUAAUGAGCGAGAACUAAGAUCGGAUGAAAUAAAAUGCGAGCAAUACUUUAAACAAACUACUGCUAGAACGAGUGAUGGUAGAUUCGUGGUGAGAUUGCCGUUUCGCGCGAAGGGUAUGCCUAUUGGCGAUAACAGGGAGAUAGCGCUUAAGAGAUUCAAUCAAUUAGAACGUAAAUGUAAAGGCAAUGAAAUAUUUCGCGAUCGUUAUAUCAAGUUCAUGUACGAAUAUCUCGAACUGAAACAUAUGUCACUCGUAAACGAUACUUCUACUAAUCUUGAAAAUAUAGUAUAUCUGCCGCACCACGGAGUACUAAAGGAAUCUAGUAGCAGUACAAAAUUACGCGUCGUAUUUGAUGCUUCCGCUAAGAACCACAAGGGUGUAUCGUUGAAUGACUCACUUCUUAUCGGACCUGUAUUGCAAGACAACUUAAUCGAUAUAGUUAUGCGAUUUAGAUGCCAUAAGGUGGCUCUGACAUGCGAUUUGCAGAAAAUGUAUCGUCAGGUGUUGGUGCACCCCGACGACCGCGAGUAUCAGCGAAUUUUGUGGCGAUUUUCAUUUGACGAACCUGUAAAGGAGUAUCGUUUAAACACUGUUACAUAUAGGCAGGCAUGCGCGUCUUAUUUAGCGAUUCGAUGCUUAAGACAGUUGGCCACAGAGGGAGCCGAGCGUUAUCCCCUUGCGGCGCACGCCUUGUUAACUGACACCUACGUCGACGAUAUUAUUGCGGGAGCGAGCACAAUCGAGGAUGCACGUAUUUUGCAGAGACAAUUAACCGAUCUAUUGUUAGAAGGCGGAUUUACGGCUCAUAAAUGGUGCUCGAAUUCGGAAGAGGCAUUAAUAGAAAUAGCGAUAGAGUCACGAGAAUCCAAUUCAAAUUUGAAUAUAAACGCGAAUGAUAUUAUAAGAACUUUAGGCCUCGAAUGGAAUCCGAGCACGGAUGAGUUUCAAUUUACUGCACAAAUAGAAAUGCGCGCAUCUACGAAACGUGAAAUUCUAUCAGCAAAGGUAGCUCCCUUGAAAAAGCAGUCUAUACCUAGAUUAGAAUUGUGCAGCGCAUUACUAUUAGCGAAAUUAAUCGAUAAUGUAAAACAGGCAAUUCGCAUAAAAAUUGAUGGAAUAUACGCGUGGUCUGACUCCAUGGUCGUACUGCACUGGUUCCGUGGAGACGCGUCGCGAUGGAAACCAUUCGUUUCCAAUCGUGUAUCUACAAUUACUGAAAUUUUACCUGCAACUCAUUGGCGACACGUUAAGGGUUCAGAGAAUCCUGCGGAUUUAAUAUCAAGAGGAGCCUCACCUAUGCAACUCAAGAACAGCGAUUUGUGGUGGAAUGGCCCCGAGUGGUUGUCCAAGUUCAAUCAGUCAGCAGGAAUCGAGGAACCCAAUUACGAGCUUACAAGGAAGGAUUUCUCCAACAUCAGAACUGAGUCUAAGAAGGAAACGUUAGUUUGCAGCGCAAAUGUGGCCAGAUCACUCCCUUCGAAUGAAGUAAUUGGGAAGCUUCUCAGAGACUGUUCAUCAUUGACAAAGAUUGAGCGGUCAUUGGCUUACUGCCUUAGAUUUAUUUCUAACUGUCGAAAAAAAGAGGAAGAUAGAAUAUUAACCCGAUUAACUUUACAGGAGUUGGACUUUGCUAGGCUCGAAAUAAUCAAAUAUUCACAGCGUAUUUACUUUUUAGAAGAUCUACGAAAUUUACGAGAUAAUCGCAAGCUGAGUCAGUCUAGCCAAUUGUGCCAGUUACAAGCCUUUCUCGAUGACAACGGCAUUCUUAGGGUUACCCGUCUGCUAAUCGAGAGAGAACAUCGCACUCUGUUACACGCUAGUCAGCAAUUGUUGUUGUCAUCAAUACGUCGACAAUAUUGGCCUUUACAUGCAAGAAAUCUGGUACGCCAAGUUUGUCGAUCAUGCGUUUGGUGCGCAAGGAACAAUCCAAAAGGAUUAACACAAGCUAUGGGAUCAUUGCCUAGUGAUAGAAUCCAGCCUUCUCGAGCAUUUACCGUCACCGGUGUUGAUUUUGCGGGUCCAAUCGUUACCCUUGUCAAUAAAGGACGAGGUCGAAAAACAUGCAAGUCCUACAUAGCCUUAUUCAUCUGUUUCGCCACGAAGGCUAUACAUUUGGAGGCGACAAGCGAAUUGUCUACGGCGGCGUUCUUGUCAACUUUACGUCGAUUCAUAGGCCGGCGAGGACUACCUCUUAAAAUUUGCAGUGACAAUGCUACAAAUUUUGUAGGCGCUAAACGGGAACUGGAGGAGCUCUACACAUUGGUGCACGAUUCCAUUAAUGGGCCAGUUGGCGAGGUCCUGCAAGAGAGAGGCAUCGAAUGGAGCAUUAUUCCUCCUUAUUCACCCCAUCUAGGUGGCUUAUGGGAGGCAGGAGUAAAAUCCUGCAAAUAUCAUCUAAAACGCGUGAUGGGCAACACUUUGUUUACUUUUGAAGAAUUAGCUACGGCUCUGGUGCAGAUUGAAGCCUGCUUAAACUCCAGACCAUUAUCGCCUUUGUCAUCAGAUCCCUCUGAUUUGCAACCUCUGACGCCGGGACAUUUCUUGGUUGGAGGACCGUUAACCAGCCUCCCUGAAACCGAUCUGACGGACGUGAAGAUCAAUCGACUUAAUCGCUGGGAAAUGAUUCAGCGCUGUGUUCAGGAAUUUUGGAAACGGUGGGCGGCGGAGUACGUGAGCAACCUUCAAGGUCGCGUUAAAUGGAAAACUAUACAAGAAAAUCUGAAGGUUGAUCUCGUGUUACUAAAGGAUGAUAAUCUUCCGCCUUUGAAAUGGAAACUUGGUCGGAUAACCGAGGUUCGUGCUGGUAAAGAUGGUUUGGUGCGUGUCGUAACGGUGCGUACGGCCAUGGGUAAAGUCGAGCGGGCGAUUGCCAAGCUUUGCAGAUUGCCUGUGAAUGAUACUUUGUAUGAAAAAGAUUAG